CACUGUUGUGACCGCGACCGCGACGUGACUUGCCUGGUAUUUAUACCGACUCUUCCCGCCUCCUGGAAAUGCACCACACCGCAUCAUGUACCUCCCCACGCUCAUCCUAGCAGCGACGGCUGCCAUGGCCACGCAGGUGCCGCUGGAGGCGCCUGGGCCCCAGCACCGCGAGACUCUCCCCGAGGCUGUCCAGAGCGUCAAGAGGCUCGUCAAGGAGAUCGGAACGGGCACCAUGGCCUCCGUGUUCCCCGAGACGGCCGGCGCCAACGCUGGCUACCCGUACGCGUUGAUGGAGUCGCAUGCACCAUGCCACCCCGAUGGCGCGCUCACGUUCAUCUCGUUCCCCAUCUCGCUGAUGACGCGCAACAUCCGCGCCGACCCGCACAACAAGGCGGCGUACACGCUCCAGACGCCGCUCAAGCAGGGCGUGUCAGCGUACGGCCAGCCGCGCGUGUCGUUCACUGGUAACCUCACAUUCCUCGCCCCCGACGCGGCCGAACGCAAGCGCCUCGAGGAGUGCUUUGUGGAGUACCACCCCGACGCCAAGUGGUGGGUGCCGGGCGACCCUGACGGCGCGCACUCGUCGCUCUGGUCGCGUCUGGAUAUUACCGAUAUCUACUACAUCGGCGGAUUCGGCAACACGGGCUGGAUCGGACACAUCCCCCUCGAGCUGUACCGCGCCGCGCUGAACGAGUAGGGCCGCCGUGCCAAGUAGCUGCGCAGAGACAAGUAGAAGCCACACACCUGCAGCCCUGAUCACAGAGGCCGAUGAAAUGCAUGGGUUGAAGAGCA